CCAAGCCUCCGCCCCUUAGCCCCCGCCCCCAGCUGCCAGUCCCCAGCAGCUCAGUCCUGCAGUGAGAGUCUUGGGAGUCCAUAGCUAAGCACCAGGAGCUGAGCACUGCCCGCUGUGCCUGCCUGCAAGUCUGACAUGGCUCAGGAGAAAAUGGAGCUGGACUUUGAGCCUAACACAGCUGAUGGGGGAACCCUGAGGAGAUCCAGCAGUGCUCCCCUAAUCCAUGGACUCAGUGAUCUUUCACAGGUUUUUCAACCUUACACGAGAACUCGGAGGAAUAGUACAACGAUUAUGAGCAGUCACAGCUUGGAAGAAGGCCUGGAUAUGAUGAACAGAGAAACUGCACAUGAAAGGGAAAUGCAAUCGGCAAUGCAGAUAAGCCAAUCUUGGGAUGAGAGCUUGAGCCUGAGUGAUAGUGAUUUUGACAAGCAGGAGAAAUUAUAUUCUCCUAAGAGAAUUGACUUCACUCCAGUUUCUCCAGCACCUUCGCCCACCAGGGGAUUUGGAAAGAUGUUUGUGAGCAGCAGUGGAUUGCCAUCAAGUCCAGUUCCCAGUUCAAGACGAUUUUCAAGGAGAAGUCAGAGUCCAGUCAAGUGCAUUAGACCCAGUGCUCUUGGUCCUCUUAAAAGAAAAGGUGAAAUGGAGACGGAAAGUCAGCCCAAGAGACUCUUUCAAGGCACUACCAAUAUGCUGUCUCCGGAGGCCGCGCAACUGUCUGAUCUCAGUUCAUGUUCAGAUAUUUUGGAUGGCAGUAGUAGCAGCAGUGGCUUAUCCUCAGACCCGCUGGCUAAAGGCAGCGCUACCGCAGAGUCUCCAGUAGCAUGCUCCAAUUCAUGUUCUUCGUUCAUCUUGAUGGAUGAUCUCUCACCCAAGUGACUUAACCAUUUCUGAUUCAGCGUUUUAACUGCUGUUUCCUACAUAAAAUGUUCAGUGGGGAACGCAGAGAACUUUGAUCCAUAAUGAGGAUUAAAGUUUUACAGAUUUCACCCAUUCUGAUGCUAUUAGUACUCUUUGGCAUCUCUUUCCUCCAAAGUUCAAUUUUGUGAGCCUAGUGACCUUACUAAUACCUGGUUUUGCUGAUCUCAUUUUGAAUUUAGUGACUAAAUCUCAAAUGCUCAUUUUUGAUUACUUAGAGGAAUUUUUUUUUUUCUUAGUGCCUCAAAGAACACCUAUUUUGAGUCUAUACGUUUAAGGAAGGCACUGAUGUGUGUUAUCUUGAAUGAUCCUUUUCCCCAGCAGUGAUAUGACAGAUAUGAUCAGAAAUUCUCUUGCUUGAGAGAUUUUUUGUUGUUGUUGUUGUUCUCUGUUGACUACAUAUUUGCAAAUCUCUCUCUCUUUAUUUCAUGAUAGUAUAUAAAUUGCUUUUGAUUAUAUUAAAUUUUUAUUUUUCUGCAUCA